UGUUAUGAAUCAAUGCGUGCAUAACAAUAUUGACCGGUGGAAAGUUGAUGAAAAUAAAUGUUUUUUGCACAUUUGUAUAAUAAAAUAUUGUUUUAGUGAUAAGUAGUAAUAUAGAAAUGAAUAAAAAACAAUCAUUAAGCCAUAAAGAAUGGAGAAGAAUUGCAAAAAAAGAACGAAGAAGACGUAUUAGACGUAAAAUUGCUCAAGAAAGAGAUGCUGAUGAAGAUCGUUUGAGGGCGACACUAGAAAAAAGCGCGGAUUAUUUGAAUUGGGUAGAAGAACAAGAGAGGUUAAAUGAAGAGAAAGAAAAAAAAGAACAUGAAGAAAACGAAAGACGAUGGAUUGAAGCUGAGCUAAAAGCACAACAAGAAUGGAAAGAACUUCAACUUCGUAAAAUGAAAGCUCGACAAGAACAAUUGCAACAAGAAGAAAAAAUUAGAAAGGAAUUCGAAGCUAAGCAAGAAGCUGUAAGAAAGAAGAAUGAAGAAUUAAAACUCAAACAAGAAGAGGAGCUCAGACGUCAAGAACAAAUACAGAGGGAAAUUGAUGAUUACAUUGAUAAUGGAGCUAAAACUCCAGAAGCUUUACAAGUGGUUAUUGAUAGUCAGCCUGGUAAAGAAAUUUGUCCAUUUUUCUCUAAAACUGCAGCUUGUAAAUACGGAGAUUCUUGUUCAAGGAAUCAUAGAAGAAGUGCUUUGACAAAAAUAAUUAUUAUUCCCGGUUUCUAUAGUCAUUUUUCGUUGGAAAAAAAUUCUGCUGAAUAUGAUACAGAUAUAGGUUUAGAAUUCGAACUUGUAGAAACGCGUAAACAUUUCAGAGAAUUUUAUAAAGAUGUUGUACCAGAGCUAGAAAGUUAUGGAAAAAUAAAAACACUGAAGUGUUGUUGCAAUAGUGAAGUACAUUUACGAGGGAAUUUGUAUGUUGAAUAUUACGAUAAAAGAGAUGCUGCAAGAGCUUGGAGACAACUAAAAGGUCGUUGGUAUGCAGGUAGACAACUUAAUUGUGAAUUUGCUAAUUUUAAAUCAUGGAGAAAUGCAGUCUGUGGAAUGAAUAAGUGCCCUAAAGGUCGUUCAUGCAAUUAUUUACAUACAUUUACAAACUAUACUGCUGAUUAUGAUAUAAAAAGUCCACCAAGGCGAUCUAAAAAUUCAGAAAGAGAAUUAACAAGCAGUAGACGAAGUAAAAUGUCUUUUGAUGAAUCUAUAAAAAGUGAUUUUAAUUAUCAUCGCAAUUGGAGGUGGUCAGAGUCACCUGAAAUAGAAAGAAAUAAUUCACCAUCUUAUUCCCAAAGUUGGGAUAGAUGCACUGAAGAUUUUAGAGAAGAACAUAAACAGCUUGACCAUUAUAAAAGGUCAAAUUCUCAAAGCUCUCGAUCGAAAAACCGUAAAAAGUAUUCACGGUCUCCACAGUCUUCAAGGUCUUCUAGAUCAUUAUCACGAUCUCGCAGCAAGAAAAAAAAGCGGAGACGCUCAAAUGAAAAUGAACAUAAAGAUUGUUCUAAAAAAAAUUCUGAUACUGACAAAGAAAACGGAAGUAAUUCUAAAAAAAUAAAAUCUCAUGAGAAAUUACAGAAUAAAUCAGAAUUAAUAACCGAAGAUAAUAGCAAAAAAAAUGUGAUAGUGCCAAAUAAUGAAUUAUUACAAAAAUUAGACGAUCGCAGUAAUGAGAUCAUUGAUAUGUCACGAAUAAAAGAGAUGGAAAGCCAAAAUAAUUGGGAUACUACAGAUUCUGAGGAAUAUAAUGAUGAUGAUUAAUUGUGUAUUCCAUGUGUGUAUUAUUUUAAGAUUAUUCAAUUAUAAAUGUCAUACUAGUCCAUUGAUAAGUGAUCUACAUUAAAAAAAAAUGAAAAAUAUUAAAAUCAACAAGCUCAAGAUAAAAUAUUUUUUAUAACA